CGUUCAUAGUUUCACGUUCCAAGAUAUUCAAUAAGAAAAUUCCGACGUUAAUCGGAAGCCCAAACCAUCUUCACUGUACAGCGAACUGUAAGUUUUCUAAUUGGUUUUUAAGGUAAUAACUAGUAAAAAAAAAGCAAAAGAAGAUGAAUCCAGACAAAUUCACUCACAAGACCAAUGAGACUCUUGCCGAGGCUCAUGAACUGGCAAUGAGUGACGGUCAUGCCCAGUUCACGCCUCUGCAUCUUGCCGUGGCAUUGAUCUCCGAUCCCAGCGGCAUUUUCAGACAAGCAGUGGCCGGUGCCGCUGGCAAUGAAGAAGCUCCAAAGUCAGUGGAGAGAGUGUUCAAUCAAGCAUUGAAGAAACUCCCAUCACAGUCUCCUCCACCAGAUGAAAUCCCAGCCAGUACCAGUCUCAUCAAAGCGAUUCGACGAGCUCAAGCCGCGCAAAAAGCCCGCGGAGACACACAUUUAGCUGUUGAUCAGUUGAUUCUAGGCCUUCUUGAGGAUUCCCAAAUCGGGGAUUUAUUGAAGGAAGCUGGUAUUCCUCCUUCCAGAGUGAAAUCUGAGGUCGAGAAGCUUCGUGGGAAGGAAGGGAAGAAGGUGGAAAGUGCUACCGGGGAUACCACUUUCCAGGCAUUGAAGACUUAUGGUAGAGACCUUGUGGAACAGGCAGGGAAGCUUGAUCCUGUCAUUGGUCGAGACGAGGAGAUUCGGAGAGUUGUUCGGAUUCUAUCAAGGAGAACAAAGAACAACCCGGUUCUUAUCGGGGAGCCUGGAGUUGGGAAAACUGCUGUUGUUGAAGGAUUAGCACAGAGGAUAGUCAGAGGGGAUGUGCCAAGCAAUCUUGCUGAUGUGAGGCUCAUAGCACUGGAUAUGGGUGCUUUGGUUGCUGGGGCUAAGUAUAGAGGAGAGUUUGAAGAGAGGCUAAAGGCAGUUUUGAAAGAAGUUGAAGAGGCAGAAGGGAAGGUGAUACUUUUUAUUGAUGAAAUUCACCUUGUUCUUGGUGCUGGUAGAACGGAGGGUUCUAUGGAUGCAGCCAAUCUGUUCAAGCCAAUGCUUGCUAGAGGUCAGCUUCGCUGCAUUGGCGCAACUACUCUCGAGGAGUAUAGAAAAUAUGUUGAAAAGGAUGCUGCAUUUGAGAGAAGGUUCCAGCAAGUUUAUGUGGCCGAGCCUAGUGUCCCCGACACGAUCAGCAUUCUUCGAGGUUUGAAAGAGAGAUAUGAAGGCCACCAUGGUGUUAGGAUUCAAGACCGGGCUCUUCUUGUUGCUGCGCAGUUAUCGAGCAGAUACAUUACAGGACGUCAUCUUCCUGACAAGGCCAUUGAUUUGGUCGACGAGGCCUGUGCAAAUGUUCGAGUCCAGCUUGAUAGUCAACCUGAAGAAAUCGAUAACCUUGAAAGGAAAAGAAUGCAGCUUGAAAUUGAGCUUCAUGCUCUUGAGAAGGAGAAGGACAAAGCAAGCAAAGCUCGUCUUGUGGAAGUAAGGAAAGAGCUUGAUGAUCUAAGAGACAAGCUUCAGCCAUUGAUGAUGAAAUAUAGAAAGGAGAAAGAAAGGAUUGAUGAGAUUCGAAGGCUUAAGCAGAAAAGAGAAGAGCUCUUGUUCGCUUUACAAGAGGCUGAAAGAAGAUAUGAUUUAGCUAGAGCUGCUGACUUGCGAUAUGGAGCCAUUCAGGAAGUCGAAUCUGCCAUAGCUCAGCUUGAAGGGAGCACUGAUGAGAAUUUAAUGUUAACUGAGACUGUUGGACCAGAACACAUUGCAGAAGUUGUGAGCCGUUGGACUGGCAUACCUGUUACAAGGCUUGGCCAGAAUGAGAAAGAGAGGUUAAUUGGGCUUGCUGAGAGGUUGCAUAAUAGAGUAGUUGGACAAGAUCAAGCAGUUGAUGCAGUCGCUGAGGCGGUCUUGAGGUCAAGAGCUGGCCUUGGAAGGCCACAACAACCGACUGGAUCAUUUCUAUUCUUAGGUCCAACUGGUGUUGGUAAAACUGAGCUUGCAAAGGCCCUUGCUGAGCAACUGUUCGAUGAUGAAAAUCUGCUUAUCAGAAUCGACAUGUCUGAGUACAUGGAACAACAUUCUGUUUCACGCUUGAUUGGUGCUCCACCUGGGUACGUUGGACAUGAGGAAGGUGGUCAGCUCACCGAGGCUGUAAGGCGAAGGCCUUAUAGUGUUGUGCUGUUUGAUGAAGUGGAGAAAGCACACAUUUCUGUGUUCAAUACUCUCUUACAAGUUUUGGAUGAUGGAAGGCUAACUGACGGCCAAGGCCGAACUGUGGACUUCAGGAACACUGUGAUUAUCAUGACUUCUAAUCUUGGCGCUGAGCAUCUACUUUCCGGGUUGUCGGGCAAAUGCUCAAUGGAAGUUGCUCGUGCUAGAGUGAUGCAAGAGGUGAGGAGGCAUUUUAGGCCAGAGUUGCUAAAUAGGCUUGAUGAGAUUGUUGUGUUUGAUCCUCUAUCGCAUGAUCAACUAAGGAAGGUUGCUAGGCUACAAAUGAAGGAUGUGGCAGCCCGACUUGCCGAAAGGGGAAUUGCUUUGGCAGUAACUGAUUCUGCAUUGGACUAUGUCUUGGCUGAGAGCUAUGAUCCGGUUUACGGUGCAAGACCAAUCAGAAGAUGGCUUGAGAAGAGGGUGGUCACCGAGCUAUCAAGAAUGCUUGUGAGGGAAGAAAUUGACGAAAACUCGACUGUGUAUGUAGAUGCAGGGCCUAAAGGAACUGACUUGGUCUACAAAGUAGACAGAAAUGGAGGUUUGGUCAAUGCAGCAACAGGUCAAAAGUCUGAUGUUUUAAUUCAAAUUCCUGAUGGAACGAGAAGUGAUGCUGCUCAAGUUGUGAAGAAGAUGAAGAUUGAGGAAAUUGAUGAGGACGAGGAGAUGGAAGAAUAAGUAGGUGUUGGUGUUUGGUAAAAAGGAAUCUGAAGGAAAUGUUUAGUGUCCUUCCACUAGUGAAGAAACCGUCUUGUUAAUACUUUUGUUUCCAUUUUGGAUUUAAUGCUUUUAUUUUAUUAUUAUUAUUUUUUUGUUGUACUUUUUUUGAGGCCGCAGCUUUCAGAAGUUGGAUGCUGAAAAUUGGUUUGCUCCCUUUGUAAUCUCUCUGUUUUGCUGUUAUAUAAAUAUAUAGUUUUUUAGUAA